AGAACGUCCAGGAGCCGAGAAAGACACAAAAAACGGAGAAAUGGAUUUUAGAAUAUUCCAAGCACCUCAGAGUAAUCGCAAAUCACCUCAGGAAAUGAAUGCCACGUACUCCGUGGUAAUACCUUACUGACAGGUGCGUUCGCCAUUGUAGUUCAUGCACCACCGCUACGAAAUUUCGCGGGGUUGAAGCUGCCUCCGUACCGCGUCAGCAAUCCCCUCUCAUAAUCUCUGGUAGACAGUUCCACUAGUUCCAGUCUGCUUCUAACCUCGCAAAGUCGCAUCAUGGAGUGUAAAGGGUAACUCGAUAAUGUAAACACAUAAAAGACGGGAGUUUUCACAUAGGAUAGCUAUAUUUAUGGUCCUCGAGAGGAAUAUGGAGGAGGACAAGGUGGCGACUGUUGUCCUGGUCAAUGAGACCAAGGUCUUGAAUGUUACCUUCUCGUCAGGAUGGACUGCCGAGGAUUUAUGCAUAAAGGUAUGCAAAAUGAUAGAAAUAGGACCAGUUGCCAGACACCUCUUUGCUCUCCGUAAUCGUUCAACCCGCCUAUGGUACCCCCCAUCCUACAAACUAGACUCCAAAGACAAAGUAAAAUUCGAGUUUCGCUUGAGAUUCAAGCCCUCGACCCUUCAAAGACUGAAACAAAUUGAUCCCAAAGCUUACGACUACUAUUUCCAACAAGCCCGCUGUGACGUGCUUGAGAAUAAAGUCCCAGACAUAGUUUACGAGCGUCAUAAGCGUGAAUUGAUCGGCCUAGGGGUCAGUGACAUGUAUCGAGUAAUGCUGGAGAAGGACGUGCCAAGGGAAAUUGUAGAAUCGGAAUACAAAAAGUAUAUCCCCAAAGAAUGUAUCAAGCGACAUUCAUUCUUCAUUAAGAAACCAAUUCAUCAGGCUCUCUCCAAGAUCUCGGGGCCAGAUGCUUCGUAUGUGAAGGAGCAGUACCUCAAUCAAUUCCAGAUUAUGGCUCCCAACUAUCCUUACGAGGAGUACAAAGCCCUAAUGGACAAGGGCAUCCCCAACCCACCGUGUAGAGUCACCUUACGUGUGAACUCGGUUGAAGUAACUUAUUGUGAGUCAGAGAAUGCCCAGUGGACGUCUCUGUGUGCCAUUGAAGAUCUGUGUUUCAUCUCCAUCAGGCAGGACAGCACAGUGGAGAUCUCCAGAAAGAAUGGAAUUCCUUCUUACCUGAAGUUCGCCACAAAUGCUCUUCUGACAUCUUUCGUCUCGGCCCUGGAUGGCUACUACAGACUCGCAGUGAAAUGGACGUUUAAUCUUUGCAGAGAUGUCGUCACCGGGAGUCUCGAAAGACUGUUGAAGCUCAAAUGUCAUGGGCCUGUUGGGGGUGAAUUUUCGUACGCAAAGCUCGAGGAGAAGCGCUCUAACAGGACCGGGACGUUCAUUCUUCGUGAGAGUGAGACUAAGUACAAUGUUUAUUACUUGGACGCCUGUGGGAAGGAUUGUAAACCCAAGACUUAUAAGAUCGAGCAGUUGGCACCCGACGAGUUCAUUCUCUCUGAUUCUGUGAAGGUUUAUCAGUCUCUGCCACAGGUGAUAUCCUCUCAUCAUGAUCCUGAUGGCUCUUUAUACCUUGCGGAAUGUCUGCCUCCAUCUGAAUACGAUCAGUCACCACUUCUGAUUUGUGCUGUGGAGGGAGUGGGUAAUGAUGUUGCUGCUGAUGAGGAUGUCAUUGCUUCAUUGCUGGAGGGAGAUCCCAGGUGCAUCACACCUCAGCAGCUGCAAAUUUACAAGGCACAACCGUUUCCGAAAAGCUGCGACAAUGGAGAGGUCAGAAGUUCUCCAACGACUUUGUACAGGGCCAUGUGGAGGGUCAAGAAGGGGAAAAAAUUGGAGGCUGCGAUCAAAGUACUGAAGGAAGAGGAGUCCAGGCUGACCAGGGAGUUUCUCCAGAUGGCGUCGAGGUGGGGACAGUUGAGGUCAGGAUCACUUGUGAGAUUGUAUGGAUUGACUGUGGCGCCUGCAGUGGGCAUGGUGAUGGAACUUGUUAAACAUGGUCCUCUGGAUGCUUAUCUGAGGAAUACUUCUCCACAGACUGUCAAAACUGUUGAUUUGGUGGAAGCAGCUGCUGGGUUGGCUACUGCUUUGUGGUACCUGGAAGAGAGUGGUGUAGUGCACGGCAACAUUCGCUGUCGAAAGCUCCUAGUUCACGCCCAUACCGAGAACAGUUUCAUAGUGAAACUCGCGGAUCCAGGGAUGUACAGUUACACCCCAGCGGACGUGCACUGGCUGCCCCCCGAGUGCUACCUCAAUCCCGAUUCAGCUCGACGAAGUUCUCGUGCAGACGUGUGGGCCCUGGGCACAACGCUCUGGCAAAUAUUCUCAAGGGGAGCAAUCCUCCCUACCCACAGGGAUAUUGAAUCAGUAAAAAAAUUUUACGCAAGUGGAAAACGCUUGCCAAUACCCAUCGGUUGUCCCACGGACGUAUACAAGCUGAUGACCGAGUGUUGGGGAGAGCCUGAGGGUCUUCCAAAAAGGCCUCAAGCUAUCAUGAGAGACAUAAAUGGAAUUCUCUACCAAGUGUACAACUCCAGGAGGACUCACUCCUACGCUACAGCUUUUCCAAAGCUUUUCAAUGCCAAUUCUAAAACCGACGAUGACGAUGAGGAUUCAGAGGCUGUGGAGAACUCAUCCUCUGAUUGCGAAUCAAGAGCUAGUAGUAUUUUUACAGACAGAACGAGCCUUCCUUGGGACGAUCAAGAUAGUGGACGACUGAUUAGACUUUCAGAGACUGACCACGAGGCAGAGGAGGAACUCUCAGCUUACCUGGGCUGGCUGGCGGAGAAUGGUGGUGCUGGGGCCCCUCAUGACGUUACGUCAACAGGGUCAACCCACAACGGAGGGCCCUUGGGACAGAUGCAAGGCAUCUUCGAGCUCGAUGCUGAUUGUAAUGUUAUCCUUCAGGGGAGAAUAGGCCAGGGAUUCUAUGGAGAAGUCUACAGGGGAACCUUGGAGAGGGAUAAUGGAAAAGACACCGAGCCUCAACAGGUGGCCGUGAAGAAACUUAAAACCCGAGCUCUUGAGGCUGACCUGAGGGACUUUGAAAGAGAAAUUGAGAUUAUGAAGACUCUGAAGCACCAGAACGUUGUUGAGAUUUUAGGGGUUAUCUCAGAGCCUGAAGUCUGUCUGGUGAUGGAGUUCGUUAAGCAUGGGUCACUCCAGAGUUAUCUCGCUAUUCACAGGGAGACUCUGACACACAAGAGAUUGCUGGGAUUUGCUUUGGAUAUUGCCACAGGAAUGGAAUAUCUGGGGAGGAAGAGCAUUGUCCACAGGGAUCUUGCUGCCAGGAACAUCCUCGUGGCUGACGAAAAUCGAGUGAAGAUCAGUGACUUUGGAUUGGCUCAAGUCACUGGGAAGAAUGAUUAUUACAUUCUCCAGACGAACAGAGACUUACCUAUCAAGUGGUAUGCCCCUGAAAGCUUGAGGGAUGGGAAGUUUUCACCCAGGUCCGAUGUCUGGUCUUUCGGGGUGACCAUGUAUGAGACCUUUGGGCUGGGGGAGGAUCCUAAGUUGCCCGGAGUUGGGGGAACUGGAGAGAAUGAGGAGGAGGGCUCUGCUGAAUUACUUGAAGCUAUUGAGAGAGGCACUAGGCUGCCUUGUCCACCGAAUUGUCCGCAGACUGUUUAUGUUAAGCUGAUGUAUCCCUGCUGGCAUCUCCAUAGUCAUCAGAGGCCGGACUUUGCCAUGUUGUGCAAUGACAUCAGGGAUUUGAUGGGACAGUACUGAUAGGACAAUACUUGCCAUUUAUUCUUGAAAGUGACUGGAAAUUGACAUAGGAUUGUUUGCUCGAUACAAUUAGAAAAAAUGAAAAGAGCAUGAUAAGUAUUAAAAAGGUAUUUCUAUUCCAUAAAAUAAGAUGCGAAGCCUUUCAGUUUCAAUAUCUUACAGAGGAAUAAAUAUUUAUCUACCGUUUUUCAUUGGAGUUGUUACCCGAACAGCAGGAAGAUGUGAAAAAUUCAGGAGUAUUAAAUAGUAUAUUGUACAUAAUUUUUUUUGUACUCCACACGCCACAGUGCAUGUACUGCACAAGUGACAUAGAUAGAAUAUAACAAUACAAAACAAAUAAUGUAAAUAGAGUCAAAGAAUAAAUUUUGAUGUGAACAUGAUUUUAAAUUAAUGAAAAA